AUGAUGAAUAAUAUUUGUCAUUCAUCAUCUCCAAUUGAUUUCAAUAUUGAAAAACCAUUACUAAUGGAUCAUCAAUCAUCAAUCACUGAAAAUGAUUCAGUCCAACAAUUUUUACAAAAAGACGAAAAGAAACCAUGUUCAUCAUAUUUGAAAUUAUCAGCAGAUGAAAAUCAAAAUUUUGGUUUAUCAAAUUUUCAAGAUCCACUUUUCUAUGAACAACCAUUAGAUUUUCAUUAUAAUCGAACAAUACCAACUAUAACUACAUCAGAAUAUGAAACAGGUGAUCAAAUUCGAUUAGCAAACGAUAUGAAAUUCAGUAAAAAUCAAAAACGAAUUUCUGUAUCAUCAUAUCAACAUGAAAUAGAUAAAAGUAGAUCAAAUUAUCGACAACAUUCAAAAUCAAAGAAAAAUAAAAAUCAAAUAAGAAAAAUGAAAGAGAAAAAGAAAAAAACAUCAAUUGAAAGUUUAAAUAAAAGAAAACAUAAAAAUAAAAAAAUCAAUCGAAAUCAUCUUCAACAAUUUCAACGUCAGCCGAAAAGUCGUCAACAAUUAUUUCUUAAACAUCAUCAUAAACAACAAGAAUUGUUUUUAAAUAAGAAGAAGAGAUUAUUAAAGCAACGUGUUGCAUUAAAAAAAGAAUCAAUAUUAAAAAUGAAUAAAAAUAAAUCUUUAAGAUCGACUCAACAUCGUCGAAGAUUUAAUAUUACUAAUAAUCGAAUCAAUUCAAAUAUUUCAUCGAAUCGAUCUUUGACUUCAGGAUUAAAAAAAAUUCAUUCAAUUUCUCAAUCUAAAACAAAAAUAAUUCGUAAUCAACACUUAUCUCAAUCAAAUAAAAAUCGAACUUCAUCGAUCUCUCAAUUGAUUGAUAAUCCAAAAACUCAAAUAAUAUCAAAUAAAAUCAAAUCUCAAGCAAAUCUAUCAACUCUUAAUCCAGUUUUACAAUCGAAUGGUCAACAAAUGAUAAAAAUUCGGUUAGCACCAAUAAAUGAAAAUGAUAAGAAUAUGAUGAAAUCUAUUGAAAUAAAUAAAGAUAAUAUUCAAAUGAAAAUGAAAUCAUCGUUAUUUCCAUUGAAAAAUAGUUUAAAUGAUAAAGUAUCAUCAACAUCAACAAUAAUGCCUUUAACAAAGAAUAAUGCACAAUUAACAAGCAAAAACAAUAAUAGACGUGGAUUAACAAUUAAACGUCAACGAAGUGAUUCGACAUCAAUGACACUAGAAAGAACAUUGAUAAGAUCAACAGGAACAGGAAUGAUUCUUCGACCAAAAACGAUCAUUAUUAAUAGUAUUAAUUCGACGAAACGAACAAAAUAA